AUGGGCAGCUCUGCUUCGAAACAGACCCUGAAAACGGGGUCGAAUGCUGCAAAGAAAACCAUUUCUUUGAACAGAGUUCAAGGAACGAAAGGUGCUAUUCCCAAAAGCGGAGCAGUACACUCGCCAGUUCAGGGUUCCGGGUACAGUCGUCCAGACGGUCAUGAUCCACAAAUAGUAAAUGAAGAUGGCCAGAAUCUUGCGUUUGCCGAGAGAUUGAAGAAACUCGGUAGUGUCAAGUUUACAGAUAUUCAGCAUCAAUACUCACGAACGAAUGAAAUGCUGGGUGCAGUGCAAUCGAGGCAGAAAAUCGAGAAACAGGCUGAUGAACUGAUGCAACACCAACAAUCGAGUCCGAUGGAUCCAAAAUCUUUGGUUCAUCCCGAAACUAUAACCGCCAUUUUACAAAGUCGACAAGAAGGUGACAGUGAUGCCAAGAUAUUAGAAGAUUUCAAUCUGAAACCAAAAGUUCUGGAGUCGCUUGGCUCGAGAUUGUCAAUUCCCAAGAUUGUUAAGCCGACAAAAGAAGAUCACGCAGAGACUGAACGUCAAUCUGUCUUCAGAAAAGAACAAGUUGAUGAGACUGGUCCAGUACUUGAAAGAUAG